AUGGCUCCUCGUUUUCAAAAAGUUGUACGUACAACACGACGAGAUGAUACAGAAAUUAGUCGAUGUAUCAAAUAUUCAAUGUUUGGAUUUAAUAUUCUUUUUUGGAUUCUUGGUUUUAUGAUUACAGCUAUUGGUAUAUAUGCAUGGAUUGAAAAAGAUACAUUUGAUAAUUUUGGUCGUUUAACAAUGCGUGGAACAUUAUUUUUUGAUCCAGCAUUAGUAUUUGUUCUUGUUGGUGUUUUUAUGUUUUGUAUUGGUUUUGCUGGAUGUGUUGGAUCAUUAAGAGAAAAUACUUGUCUAUUACUUUUUUUCAGUUUUGCUUUGGCAAUUAUUUUUUUUGCUCAACUUGCAUUUGGUACAUUAGUUUUUAUUUAUCGCGAAAAGGUUAAAAACGAAGGUGAAAAACAAUUAAUGAUUAUGAUUGAAAGUUAUCGUGAUGAUCCUGAUCUACAAAAUAUGAUUGAUUGGAUACAACGUGAUUGGUUACAUUGUUGUGGUGUUAAUAAUUAUCGAAAUUGGGAAAGUAAUAUUUAUUUUAAUUGUUCAUCAAAAAUUGUUGGAAGUGUUGAAGCAUGCGGUGUACCGGCUAGUUGUUGUCGAGCAGAAUAUUUUCAUAAUAAUAAACAAUGUGGUUAUGGAACUUUAGAAUCAUCAGCUGGUACACAUAUGAUUUAUACCGAUGGAUGUCUUCCGAAAGCAUCUCAAUGGUUUGAACGACACAUUCUUCCAGUCGCAAUAGUUGUUGUUGUUCUUGCUGUAUUACAAAUACUGGGUAUUUGUUUUGCUCAAAAUCUUCGUAAUGAUAUACUUGCUCAAAAAGCUAAAUGGAUAUGGCAUGCACAUCCAAUGAUGAAUUAUUAUCGACAUCAAUAA